UGUAACGUAUCCACUCAAGCAGAUCAGACUUUUUAACAAUGAACCUGACCUCUCAGUUGCUGGACCUGAUGCUCCAGGCUUCAAACCUCUCUCGGUGGCAGUUUAUCCAGCAGUACUCCAUCCCACCACUGGUGACCGUGCCUAAACUCCCAGCGGUCCUGUUGCCUGUAUUCGGUUUGUUCUACGUUGUCAUCUUUGGGCUUGCCGUGUUUGGAAACGGCGCCGUUUUGGUUCUCCUGUGUCGGAAGAAGGCACUGCAAUCUCCGAGCACUUUCUUUAUCUGCUCCUUGGCGCUCAGCGAUUUGCUCAUAGGCAUUGUGUGUGUGCCGGCCUCCUUGCUGCAGCACUUCUUUGACAACUGGCUAGCAGGCAACUUCCUGUGCAAGCUGGUCCCCUUCCUCCAAGUGGCCGCCAUAGCAACCAGCAUCCUCACCAUGACUUGUAUUGCUCUGGAACGAUUUCAGGGCAUCUUGUAUCCUCUCCACGUGCGCAACAGCCACGUCCUGCACAGCUCCAUCGCAAUGCUCGUGGCAGUAUGGUUGCUUGCGCUAGCCAUUGCAGCUCCCAUGUGGUUCGUCCAGAAAGUAGAGGUAAAAUAUGACUUCCUGUUCGACAUCCGAUACAUCUGUUGCCUGGAGGUGUGGCCAAGUCAGUGGUGGAGGAGGAGCUACACCAUCUGCCUGUCUGUGCUGGUCUUUCUGGUGCCGAUGGUAACCAUGGCUGUCCUGUAUGGGAAGAUAAUGAGGGAGUUAUGGGGGAAACAUCGCAUUCACGAGGCUGUGUUCCAAACACUGCCCGGCUCAGAGAUCAACAAGAUCACCAGGAGGAAGAGGAGGGCAGUAAGGAUGAUGGCCACAGUGGUGCUACUGUUUGGUACAUGCUGGGCACCAUUUCAUCUUGUUUCACUGCUGUUGGAUUAUGAAAAGCUUAACCUGGACCUAGACUCUGAGUUCCUCCUGUUAAACUUGGUGCAGAUUCUGGGCUUCAGCAACUCCGUGUGCAACCCACUGGUCUACGCUGCCCUCAACAGCAAUUUCAAGAGAGACCUUCUGGCCCUUGUCUCACGGAGAUGGGGCCUCGGCUUAAACCGCCUCUGCAGGGGGCAGACUCAAAGGACAGAGAGUAGGGUCAGGGCUCAACCCUGGAGCAAAACGGCCUGGGAGGCUCAGAAUGCAGAUAAUGGUGUAGCACCAGAGAGUAACGAAGCAAGGUCCAAGUCUUUUACUCUGAUGAACCUGUUUAGUGCUAUUUGGCCCAGUAGGAACUCGGGAACAGUGAUUUUAAAUGUCACUGACUGACUCUUUGGGUGUCUAACUCAAUAUCAGGGCAAAAUCGUUAUCAGGAGGUAAGUCAAUGAAGCAUUCAUUGGGAAAGAAGGUCACUGGGGAGGUCUCUGCAAAAGCAAUCAAUGGAAGUCAAAGUAUUUUAGAUAUAUCUAAAUAUAAGCCAUAUUUAAAUUACACUAUAUGGUCCAAAGUAUGUGGACACCUGGCCAUGAGUUGCUGUGAGCAUUAAUAUAAAUAACUCUCUCAUCCUUCAUUGCUACAACAUUCUUCACUUUUUUUGUCAGAACAGAAAUGUAAGAUGCGUCUGGAUUGGCAUCGACUUUUCAAUUCAUCCCAAAGCUGUUCAGUGGGGUUGAGGUCAGAACUCAGCAUCUCCCCACCAAAUCUGUCAAACCAUGACCUCGCCAUGACCUUGCCUUAUGUACAGGGGCAAAGCCAAACUGUUGCCUUUUAGUUUGUGUAGUUAUGGCUUGCUCAACAGACGUUUUUGGUCUGUCGGUCCGGGAUCCUGUAAAGUCACUUUGAGACAAUGUCUGUUGUAAAAAGCGCUAUACAAAUAAAUUUGACUUCAUACAUA